AUGGGGCUCCACGAAGAGCUGCAGAGGGACUCGGUGGCGGCAGCAGCAGUCAUGCUGGGCGUAGCUCAACGGCCCUCGGAGGCUGGCCAGGACCCUGCGCUGAGCAUGAGCCACCCAUUCUACGAUGUGGCCAGACAUGGCAUCCUGCAGGUGGCAGGAGACGACCGCUUCGGGAGAUGCGUGGUCACCUUCAGCUGCUGCCGGAUGCCCCCAUCACACCAGCUCAACCACCAGCGGCUCCUGGAAUACCUCAAGUACACGCUGGACCAGUAUGUGGAGAGUGACUACACCCUUGUCUACUUCCACUACGGCCUCAACAGCCAGAACAAGCCUUCCCUCAGCUGGCUGCAGAGCGCGUACAAGGAGUUCGACAGGAAGUACAGAAAGAACCUAAAGGCUCUGUACGUGGUGCAUCCCACCAACUUCAUCAAAGUGCUGUGGGGCUUCUUCAAGCCCUUCAUCAGUCACAAGUUUGGGAAAAAGAUCACCUACUUCAACUACCUGAGUGAGCUGCGGGAACACCUGGCGUGCGAGCAGCUGCCCAUCCCACCGGAGGUUGUCCGGUACGACCAGCACCUUCGGAGCCUGCACAGGGGCCAGCCGCUCCCUGCAGCCAAGACGCCGCCGCCGCGGCCGCCGCUGCCCACACAGCAGUUCGGGGUUAGUCUGCAAUACCUCAAAGACAAAAACCACGGUGACCUCAUCCCGCCUGUGCUGAGAUCCACGGUGGAGUACCUGAGAGAAAAAGGACUCCGCGCUGAAGGCCUCUUCCGGAGAUCGGCCUGUGUUCAGACCGUGCGCGAGGUACAGCGGCUCUACAACCAGGGGAAGCCGGUGAACUUUGAUGACUACGGGGACAUCCACGUCCCCGCUGUGAUCCUGAAGACCUUUCUCCGGGAGCUGCCACAGCCGCUGCUCACCUUUGAGGCCUAUGAGCAGAUCCUGGACAUCACCAACGUGGAGAGCAGCCUGCGUGUGAACCGCUGCCGCCAGAUCCUGCAGGGUCUGCCCCAGCACAACCACGCCGUGCUCUGCUUCCUCACAGGCUUCCUGCACGAGGUGUCCCGGGAGAGCCUUUUCAACAAGAUGAACAGCUCCAGCCUGGCCUGCGUCUUUGGCCUGAACCUCAUCUGGCCGUCCCAGGGGGCGUCCUCACUGGGCGCGCUGGUACCCCUCAACCUGUUCACCGAGCUGCUCAUUGAGUACUACGAAACCUUGUUCCCCGCCUCGGCCGAACCUGGGGAGCCCAGCCCCGGGGAGCCCCGCUCCGGGGAGCCCAGCCCCGGGGAGCCCCGCUCCGGGGAGCCCAGCCCCGGGGAGCCCCGCUCCGGGGAGCCCACCGAGGCCAGCUGA